CCAAAAGUGUUAUCAUAUCAUGAUUUAGAUAAAGAAUUGAAAGUGUUGGUAGAGCUAUUAGAACCUGAGACAAAAGAAAGGAAAAAAGUGUUAGCACUAAAGUGUCAACUGAAGGGAAGAAAAGUGUCUAGACAUAGAGCUUCUGCGAU